CAUCCAAAUGUUAAGGAAACAAUAUCCAGACAUAACACUAAAGCUUGACCAACUCAAGAAAAGAGAACUUGACAUAACCAAGUCACUUAAAGAAAUCCCAUCAAUAAACAAAAAUUUACAAAAGAAUCCAGGGGAGGUAUCUGAAGAGGAAUGGCGAAGUAAUAGACAAACACAUGUGCAGCUGCUGAGGGAACUUGGUAAUCUCCAUAAAGAGAUUGGUGAAGUAGAAAUGAACCCAAUGGAAUAUGUGAAAGCUGUUAGCAUCUAUGAAACUGGAAUAGUUCAGUGUGGAGGUGAACUGAAUGAUGAGUUAUCUAAAUAUGGAAAGAAAAAAAGAUCUGCUCUCAAACUUUUCUUCAAGCAUUGUCUUAAAACAGACAUUCCAAUUAAGUACUUGGAAGAUGAGAAAAAGAAUAAAAAUGAACUUCAAGCAAUACGAAGUAAAUUAAAGAAAAAAAUCUUAAAAAAGAUCGACAGAAACGAGUCCUGUAACUGUUACGAAUCUGGAAUCUCAAAAGAAGAAAGGAAAGAACGCGAAGCAGAGAGAAUAAAACAAAUUGGAGAAAUUUUUAAGUGGAUCCUUCAAGAAAUGAAAACAUUCAUAUCAAGUUUGGUACAGCAGAGUUUGGAUCUCCUCGAUUUCCAUAAGGAUGACUUUGCCCUAAUUGCGUUUGGGUCAUUCUCAAGAAAAGAAACAACACCUUUCUCUGAUGUAGAAUUUGCUGUGGUGCAGAACUCAGAUGAUUUGGAAAUGCAGCCUGAAUACAAAGAAACCAUAACCAAGAUGGUUAUGAUCCUUCACCUCAAAUUCCUAGCAUUUGGCGAAACUGUCCUCCCA